CCAUCAAGAACGUCCGGGAAGGAACGCGCAGCCCAAGAACCGCUCACGACAUGAGCCUCAAACGGACGUACGAAGCCAUGGAAGGAAACAUCAAGCAAGGGAUGUCGAUGAGGGAAUCUCCCGUCUCGGCGCCUCUGGAAGGCUUAAUCUGCAGGGCUGUGCCUCAAGGGAGCCCCCACUCCGAUAUGAAGGAGAGGACGGUGUUGUCCGGCUCCAUAAUGCAAGGGACCCCACGAUCGACGGCGGAGAGCUACGAAAUGGGGCUCAAAUACCCGAAGAUCAAGCGGGAAUCUCCUCCCAUGCGGACCUUCGAGGGAGCCAUCGCCAAGGGCAAACUCUACGACGGGGUCACCACCAUCAAGGAGAUGGGCCGCUCCAUCCACGAGAUUCCCCGGCAGGAGCUGUUAAAUCAGGAAAGCCAGAAGAACCCUGAGAUGGUCCCCAAUGUCCGCCCCAUCAUCGAAGGGUCCAUCUCGCAGGGUACGCCCAUCAAGUACGAGAGCAGCUCCUGCCAGUCGGCCAUCAAACACAACGUCAAGUCCCUGAUCACGGGGCCCAGCAAGCUCUCGCGGGGCAUGCCCCCCAUGGAGAUGCUGCCGGAGAACAUGAAGGGAGUGGAACGCGGGAAACACGAAGACCCCAAGGCGGGAGAGGUGCGUCCUCGCCACACCUCGGUGGUCAGCUCAGGUCCUUCCGUCCUGCGCUCCACCCUCCACGAGGCACCCAAGUCCCAAGUCAGCCCCGGGAUCUACGAGGAUGCCAACGCCAGGAGGACGCCGGUGGGCUACCAGAGCAUGUCCAGGAGCUCACCCAUGAUGAACCGGGUCGAAGGUAGGCGGCCUUUGCGGCUUCUAAACGGUGCUUUCUGUCUCUUUACCUACUUAAUGUCUUCUGCUCUUCCUCGCCCAGCGACCGCCUACAUGUUCCAGCGGCAGCUCUCACCCACCCCGGGCUACCCCAGCCAAUACCAGCUUUAUGCUAUGGAGAACACGCGGCAAACCAUCCUGAACGACUACAUCACGUCCCAGCAGAUGCAGGUCAACCUGCGGCCGGACCUUGCACGAGGACUGUCGCCCCGAGAGCAGACUUUGGCGCUCCCCUAUGCAGGGGCGAGAGGAAUCAUCGACCUGAACAGCAUGGCGCCCACCAUUUUGGUGCCGCACCCCGGAGGGCCAAGCACGCCCCCGAUGGAGAGGAUCACCUACAUUCCUGGCACUCAGCUGGCGUUCCCCGCCAGGCCUUACAACCCGCCCUCCAUGUCUCCAG